AUGAAUAAGCAAGGUUGUGUCGUUUGCGUGGAAGGUUCUGCAAAGUACAAAUGCCCAAAAUGCUCUGCUCCUUAUUGUUCACUUGCUUGCUAUAAGCAACAUCAGCAACAAUGUUCAGCUACUUCCAACAACAAUCGCGAUACCCUUGAAGAGGAAAAGAAACAACAAGGCAUUGUUCCUCCAAAGCCAUCUCCUAAUGUUCUAUUUGUGAAUGGCAAGUAUCCCACCAUCGCGGAAGAAGCUCUUCCAACCAAAUCCCAAAUCAGCCAAGCUGUAGACGAUCCCAACGUACAUGAAAUGCUUCAAUCGAAUCCAGAAAUAAUGGCCUCGAUGAAGAGACUUGUUGAACUUCACAAAACAGAAACAGGUCCUGUCCCUUUACGGACAUUGGACGCUAUCCAACAAAACCGACUUCAUAAUCCAGACUUUGAACAACUUGCUUCUUAUAUUCUCGACAAAUACUACCAUCAGGAAGAAAAUCUUGGCUAG